AUGUCUCAUCCUGUUAAGAUUUCCAGCGUUAACGCUGCUCCAGGUGGCGAAAGCUACAUCAGCGAGGAAAUCCUUGCCCGCCUUGGACGAGCUGAUUUCCUGAAACUGCUGCCGAAUGGGGACAUCAAGAUUGCGUUCCAAGUCACCAGACGCAUGUUGUGCCAUUAUGGCGGCGUCUUGCCAUUGUUCAAUCGUGGCUUCUCGAACGGUGUUUUCAGCGAUGGAUCGGCCGAGGAGAUCCCUCUGGCACGAGUCAGUGCCAAAGCGCUCGAGUUCGUCGGUUUCACCCCCGAAACGGCAGCAACCAUCUGGGCCGAGUACAGUAAGCAGCAGUCCGUUCGAGAUUCCGCCAGCUCUCCGCAUCCUUACUCACCCAUGUCGCUGCUGCAUCACAUUGUUGGACAUCUCCAUCUUCUUCAGGGCAUGUUCGACGCCGGCAUCUCGCAGGAAUUAGCCCUCCAAAGCGUUGGUCUACCACCAGCCUUCCUAAACGACCUGCGCACCUACUAUGGAGAUGGUGCUGGAUUUCGCUCGAAUGUUGUGUACGAGCUGGUGAUGAAGUCCAUCACCGGCAAGUAUACUCAGCUUAUCAGAUGGCACUGUACCGUUCGUCGGAUUGGCCAAGAGCGAAUUUCAAAGGUCAAGAAGCAGCUGCCCGUGUCUGUAUCCUGUCCUCUUCACUCCUAUGUCCCACUCAAUCUUGGUGGUGGUGCUCCUGCUAAUGUUCCUGUCCCUGUUGAUGUUCCAGUCAAGGUUCCGGAUCCUAUCCCUGUCAAGGUUCCCCCAAAAGUGUCCAUUUCACGUUCCACUACUAGUGGUGUCUCUUCUACUGUCAAGUCUUCGUCUGUCUUUAAGCCGCUGUUGGUCAACUGA